UGUCCUAGAGGGGGGACUGAGGCUGGGUCUUGGGGCCUGGGUGCCACCAAGCUAGAAUGCUGGGAGAUCUAAUGUCUCUUUUUAGGACUCUCCACGAGAUACUUGAUUCCUCGGGCACCAUAGGAGCAUUGGUGGCUUGGAUGAUCAGCUAUAAGCCAGCCUUGUUUGGGUUCCUAUUCCUUCUGCUAUUGCUUAGCAACUGGCUGGUCAAGUACGAAUUCAAGUCCACCCCCACAGAGCCCCAACAGGAAAAGACAGAGAAACCAAAGACCCCCGAAGCCGAACCCAACAGCAACGCCAUGAGCACGAGAGAAGUCGAGAGACUGCACGCCUGCUUUGCCCUCCAGGACAAGAUCCUUGAACGGCUUAUGUUCAGUGAAAUGAAGCUGAAGGUCUUAGAAAAUCAGAUGUUCAUCGUUUGGAAUAAAAUGAAUCACCACAAGCGGUCGAGCCGUCAGCAGAUGUUUGCCGUGAGGAAGCACAGACCGAGGAGACAGGACUCCGUCUUCUCUAUCUACUCGGAGUGCACGUCCAAUUCCCCCUGAGGUCGGAGACUGGGGUGGGCUGAAUUCUUCUGGUGUUACCUUUACUCAGUAAAACCCCAUGAGAGACUA